AUGGCAAUGACACUGUCGCUAUGCUGCCUCCUCCUCGUCCUCGCCGGUGACGGCAGGGGCGAGGUCGCCGCGUUUCAGCUGGAGGAGGCCACCAUCGAAUCGAUCCAUCGCGCCUUCGCGACCGGGGAGCUUACCUCCCGCGGUCUCGUCGAGCUCUACCUGCGCCGCAUCGCGUCCCUCGAUCCCACUCUCCACGCCAUCAUCGAGCUCGACCCGGAUGGCGCGCUCGCCGCCGCCGACCGUGCCGACGCCGCCGCCCGGUCUAGCUCCGGCGAGCUCCCGCCGCUGCACGGCGUCCCCGUGCUGCUCAAGGACAACAUCGCCGCGGCCGGGCCAGGGCAGGGUCUGUCCCUGUCCCCUCCUUUUCCUCGGUUUCUUGGAUACUCACAUAGCAUAGCAAAUUGGUUUUCUUGCAGCCCCAAGAACCAUUGCUGCAGUGCUACGUCGAUUGAUUUUGGAUUGCUGAUGCAGAACCCGUACGUGCCGUCGGCGACGACGUGCGCCUCCAGCAGCGGCUCAGCGAUUGCGGCGGCAGCGAACAUGGCAGCAGUGACGAUUGGGACCGAAACGGAUGGCUCCAUCAUGUGUCCUUCCAGCUACAACUCCGUCGUCGGGAUCAAGCCCACCGUGGGUCUCACCAGCCGCGCCGGCGUCAUCAUCAUUUCACAAAGGAUGGACACAAUUGGCCCUAUCACUAGGACAGUUUCAGAUGCUGUGCAUGUGUUGGAAGCAAUUGUUGGUUAUGACCCUCGAGAUGCGGAGGCAACUCGCAUGGCUUCACAAUAUAUACCAGAAGGUGGAUACAGGCAAUUCUUGACCAUAGAUGGACUAAGAGGGAAGAGGUUGGGAAUUCUUAGGAAGGAUUUCUUCCGUUUUCCCUCUGGUUCUGUCCAAGAACAGGUGUUCAGUGAUCAUUUUAAAAUUAUGAGUAAAAUGGGUGCCAUCUUGGUAGACAACCUUGAGAUACCAAGCAUGAAUGUCAUUAAUGAUGCAAUGCAAAGUGGUGAGCGUGCUCUUAUGCUUGCUGAAUUCAAGCUGUCACUCAACUCCUACUUAUCUGAGCUGGCCACUUCACCUGUUAGAUCAUUAUCAGACAUAAUUGAGUUCAACAAGAAGCACCCCGUUGAGGAAAGGAUGGCUGAAUUUGGACAAGAUUACCUUCUACAAUCUGAAGCAACCAAUGGCAUUGGUCCAAUUGAGGACCAUGCCAUUUUGAAACUGAACAAACUAUGCAAAAGAGGCCUUGAGAAAAUAAUGCAAGAUAACCAAUUGGAUGCAAUUGUAGCCCCAGGUGCAUCUGCUCACAGCCUGCUUGCCAUUGGCGGUUAUCUGGCAAUAACUGUUCCUGCUGGGUAUGCUGCAAAUGGCGUCCCUUUUGCCAUCUGCUUCGGAGGGUUGAAAGGAUCAGAGCCGAAGCUUAUUGAGAUAUCAUAUUCAUUUGAGCAGGCAACGAAAGUAAGGAAACCUCCGUCACUGCAGCAUUCUGUCAUUUGA